AAAUAUUUGAAUACUUUUUUUUUUUUUUUUGUUUCAAACUCUAGUUUAAAUAUUUAUAAUCAUCUUUUUUUUUCUGUUGUUGUUGUUUUUCUUUUGUAGGAGGGGGUAGAGAGCUGAAAGGGAUAAUUUACUCAAAACUGGACUGGUGUUAAAGAGGAAAACAGAAACUAAAGGCACUGGAAUCAGCAAAGACACUUCUAGAGAAAGUGGAGAAGGUAGAGAAUGGAGCUGCAGACUCUACAGGAGGCUCUGAAAGUGGAAAUUCAGGUUCACCAGAAAUUGGUUGCCCAAAUGAAGCAAGAUCCACAGAACGCUGAUUUGAAGAAACAACUUCAUGAACUUCAAGCCAAAAUCACAGCUCUGAGUGAGAAACAGAAAAGAGUGGUGGAACAGCUUCGAAAGAAUUUGAUAGUGAAGCAGGAACAGCCAGACAGUAAAUUUCAAAUACAGCCAUUGGCACAGUCAGAAAACAAACUACAGACGCCACAGCCACAACCACUACAACAGCUACAGCAACAUCACCAUCAACAGCAGCAACAGUCCACGGCACCCUCUCCAAACGUGAUAGGAUCACAGAAAACUGUAACUACAGCUUCUAUGAUCACCACUAAGACACUACCUCUCGUCUUGAAAGCAGCAACUGCGACCAUGCCUGCCUCUGUUGUGGGUCAGAGACCUACCAUUGCCAUGGUUACUGCUAUCAACAACAAUCAGAAAGCAGUCCUCAGCACUGAUGCGCAGAAUGCACCAGUCAACCUCCAGACAACAAAUAAGGUCACUGGGCCAGGAGCUGAGGCAGUCCAAAUAGUGACAAAAAACACAGUAACUUUGCAGGUUCAGGCUACGCCUCAGCCCAUAAAAGUGCCGCAGUUCAUCCCUCCUCCCAGACUUACUCCUCGUCCAAAUUUUCUUCCACAGGUUCGACCUAAACCAGUUGCCCAAAAUAACAUUCCUAUUGCCCCUGCACCUCCUCCAAUGCUUGCAGCUCCUCAGCUUAUUCAGAGGCCUGUGAUGUUGACAACAAAGUUCACACCCACCUCUUUACCCAACUCUCAGAACUCCAUACAUCCAGUUCGUGUAGUUAACGGGCAGACAGCAACCAUAGCCAAAACUUUCCCUAUGGCACAGCUCACCAGCAUCGUGAUAGCAGCACCAGGUACCAGGCUCGCUGGACCUCAGACUGUACAGAUCAGCAAACCAAACAUUGAAAAACAGGUACAGACUAUUAAACCACACGUGGAAACAGAAGAGAAGCAAACAGAAAGUCGUACAGUUACUCCACCUGCUGCACCGAAGCCAAAACGAGAAGAAAAUCCACAGAAACUUGCCUUCAUGGUGUCUCUGGGACUAGUUACUCAUGACCAUCUGGAAGAAAUCCAAAGUAAGCGACAAGAGAGGAAAAGAAGAACAACAGCAAAUCCAGUGUACAGUGGAGCCGUUUUUGAGCCUGAGCGCAAGAAGAGUACAGUGACAUACCUGAACAGCACAAUGCAUCCUGGGACACGUAAAAGAGGUCGUCCACCUAAAUACAACACGGUGUUGGGGUUUGGGGCUUUGACCCCCACGUCCCCUCUGUCCAGUUAUCCUGACUCCCCUGAAAAUGAAAAGACAGAGACCACAUUUACUUUUCCCGCAGCUGUUCAGCCUGUGUCCCUGCCUAGCCCCAGCUCCACAGACGGUGAUAUCCAUGAGGAUUUUUGCAGUGUUUGCAGAAAAAGCGGGCAGUUGCUGAUGUGUGACACGUGUUCACGUGUUUAUCACCUGGAUUGUCUGGACCCGCCUCUGAAAACCAUUCCUAAGGGCAUGUGGAUCUGUCCCAAAUGUCAAGACCAGAUGCUAAAGAAGGAGGAAGCAAUCCCAUGGCCAGGAACUUUAGCAAUUGUUCAUUCAUAUAUUGCAUAUAAAGCAGCAAAAGAAGAGGAAAAACAGAAACUACUUAAAUGGAGUUCAGAUUUAAAACAGGAAAGAGAACAACUAGAGCAGAAGGUCAAACAGCUCAGCAAUUCUAUAACAAAAUGCAUGGAAAUGAAGAACACCAUCCUUGCAAAACAGAAGGAGAUGCACAGCUCCUUGGAGAAGGUAAAACAGCUGAUCCGCCUCAUCCAAGGCAUCGACCUUUCAAAACCCAUAAACUCUGAGGUCAAUUCAGUAGCCAUCUCCAACGGCAUGGACUCCACUAACAAUACUAAUGCUGCCACCUCCACCUUAGCCCCCUCCCCUUCCCAGAGCUGCAUGGUGAACUGUAACAAGGGCGAUGAGACUAAAUAACACAGUGAAGUUAAGAAGGAGCCAAGGGAGGUGGCGGCGAGGAGAAAGAGCAAAAUAAAGAAACUCUAGAAAAGCAAAACUGGAUUUCUUCUGGAAAGUGCAGAAUUCUUUAGUUCUUUGGUUCCAGAGAGAGCGUGAAGAUGCUUGUGCCAGGCGGCACCGGAGUUUGCCAAUUGAUCCUUCUUAUUCUGUGUGUACAUGCAAAGUUUGGAUCAUGUUACAUGAAUAGUGCCAGCUGGGGGUUCUUUGCCAGCACCAUGCCAAGUGAAAUAAUAUAUUUACUCUCUCUAUAUUUUACACCAGUGUGUGCCUGCAGCAGCCUCCACAGCCACUAUAGGUUUGUUUUAUUUUUGUUUGGGGUGAGGAGCAGGGAUAAGGGAGGAGAGCAGGUUUCAAGUUCCUAUUUGCAGAACAGUUUGUUUAGCUAGGGGAAAAUAAAAACAAGUCCAAAGAGCCUAUGGGCUUUUCCUGUUUCUAAACUCUCAGUACUAUUAAACCAAAAAAACAGAAAUAUAAAUUAUCAAAUCCCAGUGCCCAGAAGGGACAAGUCUAUCAAAUAAGCAGUAUUUACUAUUGUUUAGACAGGAGAUGUACAAAAGGAAAGGAGAUGGACUUUUCACUGAGUUACCAGCACAUAGAAUCAUACAAUAUGCUGAGUUGGAAGGGACCCAUCAAGAUCACAGAAUCCAACUCCUGGCCCUACGCAGGACACCCCAAGAAUCACACCAUGUGCCUGAGAGCCUGUGGGUCCUCACACUCAUCCAGAAAGUCUGGUUUGGGAAUGGUAAAAUAGAGGGCCAGAAUCCAGGGUCAGCUUGGAGCAUUGGAUGGAGGUGUCCCAAGAUAAAAUGUGCAUCAAUUACUUGAAAAUGAGAUUCCAUCCCUUUUCUGUAUUUAUAAACAACAAAGGUAUCCUGAACAAAGUAGCACAUAACCCAGAUGUGUGAACUCAACAGAGAAAUGUCCUUUUCUUUCACUUCCUUUCUCUUCUUUUGGUAACAAGAACUAAAUAAGGAAUAGAAAAGCUGUUUUUCAGGCUGACAGUCUAAUUAAAGAGGUAGAUGGGACCUUGCAUGGUAUAGAUUAGAAGUAAUAGUGUCAGUGAGAUACAGUGAGUCUUUGUGAGUCCUUGUGUCAUCGUUUUGGGCACUGUUUUUUUAUGCAAGGGCAAAAUCUUUGUAUCUGGGGGAAAAAAAACCAACUUUUUUAAAUUAAAAAGGAAAAUAAAAGAUAUUGAGGUCUUCCUAGUGUUACUUAAAAUAAGAUCAAGGUAAGAAACAUUGUAAAAAAAAUACAAAAGUGCUAUUUGUUUCCUAAACAAGUGAUUUCUAUUAAAAAGGUGUCAGAACUGGAGAAAAUGCUGUGUACUUAGAAUUUUUUAACACAGACUUUACUUAUUUAUGAUGACAUUCUGCUGUGUUUGUGUUCUAAAAUCUAAUGGGACAGUUUCCAUAGGUUCUACCAUGCAUCUACUGGCUAAAGUCUAAAGAGAAUCAUAUCCUACAGUGCUGGAUCUCACCCCACCUGGAGGAUCUCCCAGGCUUGUCUCUGCUGUUGUCAUCUCUGUCCCAUUCUUCCAUGUGUUUGUAACCCAGAGAAAAGCAGUUGGCAGUGUGCUUGUUUAAGGCUUUAAUAGUUCUGUGAUACAGACUGAUUUGGGCUUGAGAAUGAAAGGCAGUGAGUUGGAU